CGCUCUGGGGCCGCGCCGGGGCCAUGGCCGAGGGCAGGGGCGGCAGCGCCGGGCUCUUCGCCAGGCAGGUCCAGAAACACUUCAGCCGCGCCCAGGAGAAGGUUUUGCAAAAAUUGGGCAAAACGGUGGAAACCAAAGAUGAGCAGUUCGAGCAGAGCGCCUACAACUUCCAGCUGCAGCAGAACGAGGGUCACAAACUCUACAAGGAGCUCAAGGGGUUCGUGGGAGCCGUGAGAGUGAUGCACGAGAGCUCCCGCAGAGUGGCCGAGACGCUGCAGGACAUUUACAGCCCUGAGUGGGACGGGCACGAGGAGCUCCGGGCCAUCGCCGACAGCAAUGACCUCCUGUGGGAGGACUACGAGGCCAAGUUGGUGGACCAAGCCCUGCGGCUCAUGGAGAAUUACCUGGCUCAGUUCGGCGACUUCAAGGAGCGCAUCGCCAAGCGGGGCCGAAAGCUCGUGGACUACGACAGCGCCCGGCACCACCUGGAGGCUCUGCAGAGCGCCAAGAAAAAGGACGAGGCCAAAAUCGCCAAGGCCGAGGAGGAGUUCAGUAGAGCCCAGGCGGUGUUCGAGGAGCUGAACAGGGACCUGCGGGAGGAGCUGCCGGUCCUGUACGGCAGCCGCCUCGCCUGUUACGUCACCGUUUUCCAGAACAUUUCCAACCUCCGUGACGUCUUCUACAAAGAGAUGAGCAAGCUCAACCGGGACCUGUAUGAGGUGAUGAGCAAACUGGAGAAGCAGCACUCGAGCAAGGUGUUCAUCAUCAAAGGCGUCCCCAGCAAUCGCCGCUCUCUGGUCAUCUCCGCCCCCGUGAGCCCCCCGGCCAUGUUCCCCUGCCCGGACAAGGCGCCCGUGCUGGACGCGGAGGUGACACCGGGGUCCCCCGGCGGGGACAGCGCCGCCACCGACACCGACAGCGCCGCCCCCGCGGAGCCGGGGGCUGUGUCCCCCGGGCCCCCCCCGGCUUCGCCCGCCAGCUGCGGCUCCCUGGACACGGCCUCGGUGUCCAGCGAGGAGAGCGCGGAGCAGGCGACAGCGGUGACAGGGUCGGUGUCCAGCGAGGGGACCCCGGAGGAGGCGACAGCGGUGACAGGGUCGGUGUCCAGCGAGGGGACCCCAGAGGAGGCGACAGUGGUGACGGGGUCGGUGUCCAGCGAGGAGAGCGCGGAGCUCGGUCCCGGCCGCGACAAGGAGCCCUCGGAGGAGGCGACGUUGGUGACAGGGUCGGCGUCCAUCAAGGAGCCCCCGGAGGAGGUGACAUCGGUGACAGGGUCGGUGCCCAGCGAGGAGCCCCCGGAGCCCAUCUCCGACCCCGACUCUCUGUCCCCUGAUCCAGAGCCACCGGCGACAGCCGCGGAGCCCGGGGGUGACAGCGGGGCGCGGGGAGGGGUAGAGGGCAUCGCCACCUCGCUGGCGUCACUGAUUUUAUCCGAGGCCAUCGCCCAGGCCGCUGGCGUCCUGUCAGCAGCGCCGGGGACAGCGGCGGGCACGGCAGGGGACAGCGGGGCCACCAGCGCCGAGGGUCGGGCGCGGCCCGCGGUGUCGCCGUCCCCAGCCUCAGCUGUCCCCUGCCGUGUCCCCGGCCCCGCGGAGUGUCCCCGGGAGCCGUGCCAGCUCGGCGGAGAGCGCGGAGAGCGCGGGGACAGCGGGGACAGCGCGGAGGCGGCGGAUGCCGAGCCAGAGGGCUGUUCCGGGACACCGGAGCAGGACACGAGCCAGGACACGAACCGGGACCCCUCAGGUGCUGCAGACCCCCCCCAGGAUCCCCCCGAGUUCCUCAGCGCCCUCUGAUCCCAGGGAAAUGCGGCUUCUCCCCCAGAUUCAUUCCCCACAAAGUAUUUUCCAGCCCCCAUCCCGUCCCAAAUAAAGAUG